UCACAUGCAGCUACAGGAGCGGGACAUGAGAACAGUCCGGUUUGCCGAUGUGUACACUCACAGAGACUGGGAAGAGAUCAUUGGCAGGUUUCCACAUGUGUGGAUGAAGAAGCACUGUGGCAAUCUAAAGCUGAGGGCUGAUUACACACUAAUUUUGGCUUGGCAUGUUCCGAUGUGACAAAGUGUAAAGCUGGUAACUGUUGGAGAAGAACAACACAGCAGAAGGCCGGAGAAACACACAACGUAACCAGAGGGAGCUCCUGAAGACGGACAGAACAGAGGAAAACUGUGUGAAAGCAGGAGAGUGAAGAGAGAUAUAUUAAAGGAAAGAGAGAGGCACUAGAGAUAUUCAGAGAGAGAGAAGACAGAAGAAAAACGUGGCCAAGCAUGAGAGAGGAGGAGCAGUCCAAUGACGACCACCCUGAGGACGAGGGGGUUUCCAGCGAGGAGAACACGGGAAGGCCACCUUCUAACGCCUGUCCUGUUGUUGUAGCAACACCGGGGGUCACCAGGCGCAAACGGCAGACGGGCUCACAAACGGAGGAUCACGUUACAACAGUUACUCCCACUACAGCAGCACACGACGGCAAGGUGAAGCCAGCGGAGGACAUCCAGAUUUACACGCUGACUGAAGCCAAAAGACUCAAGAAGAGUCCUCAACAUCGGCCGCCUUCCUCAGGCCCAUCCCUUUCUCCUGGCCCCGGCGCUAGUCCUGGAGAUCUCUCGGCCCUUGAGGAUCCACACGGCCAGCGGGUGAUCGCCAACAUUCGGGAGCGCCAGCGGACACAAUCUCUGAACGACGCCUUCGCCUCGUUGCGUAAGAUAAUCCCAACGCUCCCCUCUGACAAACUGAGCAAGAUCCAGACCCUUAAAUUGGCAUCGCGCUACAUUGACUUUCUGUACCAGGUUCUGCAGAAUGACGAGAUGGACACUAAGCUGGCUGGAUGUAACUACCUGGCCCACGAGAGACUGAGCUACGCCUUCUCUGUGUGGAGGAUGGAGGGGGCCUGGUCGACCAUGUCUGCUGGUCACUAGCCCUGCCUGAAAGCUAGGUUUGUCUUUUGACUGUUGCCCUAAUGACAGGGAAAUGUUCUCAUUUGACACAGAGGGCUGAGGUCUGAAUUGGGUCUACCAGUGGACUUUUUAACCCCUCAGAUCAUCGGUUUGCCUCGAUGAUAAUAAAAAAGACUGACACUUGAGCAUGAGCAUUUGGACCAAGCUGAUUUUUAAGCCACUAUCCCUUUGUCAAGUUUUCAUUGAUGUCAAGCUACGUAUCAGAUGCAUUCUUCUAAUUCUAUUGUUUUGCUUGCCAAAAGUAGCUUUUACUGCUCAAGUGUGCCAAUGCUGGCAUUCCAAGAAAAGUAUCACAAAAGGGACAUUGUGCUCAGUGUACGAUUCCUGGCUUUUUAAAGGAAUUUCUUCAUGUUGUUUGUACUAGUAAGAUCACAAUGGAGGACAGGUGACAGAUAAAGACACCCAGACAUCAUUUCAAUCAUUCAACAACCUGAUGGUUGAUGGUCGACCUGUCCUAAAUGUUGCCUCCACAUGACAGCCCGGCUUAUUCUGCUAGAGACGUCUGAGCCCUCGGCUUUCUCGGGUCCUGAAGCUUGACCUCUGGUUUCAUCCUUAUCAUCACCCUUGGUUUUAUCACCACAACUGCCAUCUCUAUCAUCAUAACCUUUACUAUCGUCAUCAUAGGUAUGCAAACUUGAGACACAUUUGAACUUCGUUUCUGUGCUGCUGAAGUGUAUAAAGUUUUGUGUAAUGUACAAAGUGCAACAGCUAGAGAUUGCGGAAGAGGGAUUCGAGGAAAGUCAGAACUGGAAAAACUAAAUUUGAUUGUUUCAAGAGAGAUUGGUCCUUUGACUUUUCUGUACCCUUUCAACUCUUACUUUUCCAAGACUCUGACGUAUCAUGAAUCUCUGACCAACUCUGAACCUAAGCGACGGUGGAAAACGUAGCCGUCCAUCCUGACUUCACUUUCUCCUCUUUAUACCCAAACCGAGCCCCUUUGUUUCUUCUAGUGCCAAAAAAAAAAAAAAACUUCUCCUCUUGAAAUUCUUUCCUCUCAUUCUGGCCCAAAUUUGCCUGCGUUGCACGAAACCGUGAUCCAGCUACAGCAAGCUGACGAGGAGGCGUAAUGAAAACAAACGGUCUCAAAACGCCAUGAAUCAUGUGUGUCACCAUCAAAGGGGAGGCUGAUGUGGCUCCCUGCUGGGCUCCCAUAAACCACUGGAAGUGAUGGAGGAGCUGCUGAAUAAAGUGACUGUGAUCUUCCCUGUACAUCUCUGCUCCAUGCCAACAUUACUGCUACACUAAUCAUGUGGACUUUGAUGCGAAUGGAACUGAGAAAAUGUAUGUUUAAGAAUAUUAAAAGACAUAUUGAUCAGGAUGCAGAUGGACAUGGGGAAAGAAGACAUUUCUGCACCAAGUAAACCAACAAAGAGCUCUGAUUUAUUGAAAAUACAGAAAAAUAGAGAAAUUGACAAUACAAGUCAAGUUGGACCAGUAUUUUGUGUUUAGUUUAGUUUUUCUUACUAUUUUCCCAGAGGUAUUAUUCUAAGAAAACUUAGGCAGAGCAAGGCUUUGUUUUUGAGGAGUGUUUACUUGAAGUAUAUAUAUAUAUAUAUAUAUAUAUAUAUAUAUAUAUAGUGUGGUACUUUACAAAUAAGGAGUGACACUGAUACAGUAUGUCUGAUUAUACUGUACAUAUCACAAGCAGAAAAUUCCCUGGAGAAUUAGAUGUAGUGAUGCAUACAGCACAUUAAUCAUUAUUUGUCUGAAAAAUAAAACUUCAAACUAUU